CUGUCAUUGUGAGGGGGCUGGAUUGGGGGGGGGUCAGAGGUCACCGUGGUUGGGCCAGGUCACUGCGGUUGGGCAGGUCAGAGGUCACUGCGGUUGGGCAGGUCAGAGGUCACCGUGGUUGGGCCAGGUUAGAGGUCACCGUGGUUGGGCCAGGUCACCGUGGUUGGGCAGGUCAGAGGUCACCGUGGUUGGGCCAGGUCACUGCGGUUGGGCAGGUCAGACGUCACCGUGGUUGGGCCAGGUCACUGCGGUUGAGCAGGUUAGAGGUCGCCGUGGUUGGGCCAGGUCACUGCGGUUGGGCAGGUCAGAGGUCACCGUGGUUGGGCCAGGUCACUGCGGUUGGGCAGGUCAGAGGUCACCGUGGUUGGGCCAGGUCACUGCGGUUGGGCAGGUCAGACGUCACCGUGGUUGGGCCAGGUCACUGCGGUUGAGCAGGUUAGAGGUCGCCGUGGUUGGGCCAGGUCACUGCGGUUGGGCAGGUCAGAGGUCUCUGUGGUUGGUAAGCCCCCUAUAAUUGGCAUUGUGCUGCCAUGGUAGGGACAGAGGUUGCGCUGUCGCAGGUCCAGCCCUGUUUUCAGCUCCUGCGCAUGGGCUCGAAUUCCGGGGCGCCCUUGUCUCCCAGCCUACAUGGCACACCCUCCCAGGAUCUGUACACCUUCCUCCCAGACUCCCACCGCUGCGUCUACAAGCUGGGGGCUCGACUUGACCUGUGUGACAUCCCGCUGCCUGGAAAACCACAGAUCCAUGCAGAAAUCCAUGCGGAGAGGGAGCCAACUGGAGACUGGAAGGUCAAACUGGAAAGUUGCACUAAUUAUGGUGAUUAUUUUGUUCGUUUCUCAUUGAUCUUUUAUCUGUGUCCUCCCGUGUGCUCUAUCUGUAAUUCUUUCUUUUUGUGAUGUCCAUUUUCUGCGUAUUUCUCCACUCAUCAGUAGAUCUAACACUUUUUUUUUUUUUUUUUUGUCAAUUGACCAAAUUAUCAUUUCAAUUAGAGUAUAUUAACAGAUUAAAAUGAAUUUUUGUUCAACACCGCUGAAACUAAACUGUGCACAGGUCUACUAUUCAGCUGUGGAACAUUAGCUCUUUGCUGUAUUUUCUUUCCUGUCCAUCUCUCGUCCUCGAUCAGUAUGUUAACUGUAUCUGUUUCUUUCCAUUAGGCAUUUAUAUCAAUGAUGUUCAUGUUUUACGUGGUCAAAGGUUGGAAAUGUCAGAUGGAGACCUUCUUCACUUUCAAGAGAAGCCCUCCUCCUCUUCAUCACUCUCAACCAGCCAAGAUACUUUUUUCCUUUUUCAACGUGUACGUGUGCGCCCCCUGGACUUUUCUGCCAUUACUGCCCCACGUGCACGAACCACAUUCCCAGGUUUCACACCUGUACUGGGCACUCAACGACUUGGCGGAGGGAGAGGAAGUACUCCCCAUUACACAACAGGAGCCACGGUCAUCCUUAACUCCAUUGGUAGCAUUAGCAAAAUGAAGCGUGAGAGGAUGCACAGUGGUGGGUUGAUAGGGGGAGUCGUUGAAGUUACAAAACCUACCACCCCAAAUCUCCCCCUACCAUCCCGCACAGGUCUAGAAAGGAGAAGUAGCCGCAGAAAAUCACAGCACAAAGUAUUGUGUGAACUGGAGGAAGAGGGGGAUGGUGUCAAGGAAGCAACCAUACAGGCAGAAGAAGAAAUGACUGGGACAAGGAAAAGGAAAAGAGGGAGGCGAAAGGAGGAAGAGAUGAAUCAGCAGAGGGAGACCGGCAGGUGAGAUUAUUGAUGGUGUGAUCACACGUUGCCAACUUAGGCCAAAAUAGCUGAACUGGAAAAAUAUUUCUAUUUGUAGCUUGAUUCUCCAAUCUCCUGGUUCUGUGAAUACAUUGUUAGCGAGUGAACUACUUACCGUGUCUGCGCAUCAUAGGAAAUGUAAUUCAUAAUCCUCAUCAGCAUCAAAGUUAGUGAUCACUGGUGUACCCAUCAUAUUUAUUUUUAUUUUUUUCUGUGUAGUUCCUUCUACAUUCUUAAUGUUUUGUUUUACGGCAAUAAUGUGCCCAACUCUUUGACAUUUCUCAAUUGAGCCCACAGAUUGAGGAUUAAUAAUAACUUUUAUAACUGGGAUUUAGAGUGGCCUGACUUAACGUUGCAUAUAGAAAGAGACAAAUUCAGAAAUAGCCACGGUCAGUAUUAUAGAAAUAAAAGAUAUAAUACGAAUAAACAAGCAGUCAGAAUUUCAGAUGUACAUAAACUCCAUAAACAAGCCAAGGUCAAUAUAAAAAAAAUACAAGAGACUUGCAGCACAAACUAUAUGGGUCCUAGGUAGAAACCAUGAUAGGGCACUGAAUAAGGGCCUAAACAAACAAGAAUUAUAAAGGCUUACUUAAGUUUUGGUUAGUUCACAUCAGCUCUGCGACUCCAAAACGUCGCUAGGUCUUCUAGUUGAUGUGGACAAGAGGGGAAUGGAUGUAACGUUUCGCAAAUUGUAUAAAUGACCAGCCGUUGAAGUGUGCAGCAUCCAAAGUUUUAUGAGAAGUUAAGUGGUGCAUUUGGCCUGUGAGAAGUGGAGCAGUUCAAUGACGUGAAGAGGGUAAAUAAAUAUACAUAGCCUCCACAUCGCUAUAGGAAGGUAGGCUACGUGGCUGAACGGUGCAUUCGGCUCUCGCGACCUGUGAAGAUGAACGGUUCGAUGGUGCCAAACUGGUAUCAUGACCGUUUUUUUGCAAUGCUUAAGUCAGUUUCUCUGCACCUACAUUUCAUCCCAAACUAAUGAAACUUCUUUGCGCUUUCCUCCCAGUUGAUGAGAAGUCGGACUGACCCACUAGCUUCCUCUACAGCAGUGUAUGAAACCAAACAGUCUAACUUUCGUUAAACAUUUCCCACCAUAUACUUUUAACCUUUUUGAAACCACAGAAAACCUGUCAUUAUUUACCUUUAAUCUGUAAAUAAUGAGGUCUCCUUCAGCUGAUUAGCACAAUGUGAAGCCUAAAAAUUUAUUAAUUAAUUGGUCAGCAGAUGUAUUAAAUCCAAUACUUAUACAAAAUUUAAUUACAUGUUUAAGCAUAUUGCUAUGUAAAUUGACACCUACAAUGCACAGGGAUCAAUCCAAAAAAGAUCAAUUCCAAUAAACUUUAUAGCUAUCAACUAUGUCCUUUAAUCAAAUAAAUGGAGCAUUCUAUAAAUUUUUUUUUUUGAGUGUGCAGUUCUGUUAUUAAUUAUUAAGAAUCCAGCAUAAACACAACAGACACAUUUCAAAUUUAUACUGAACCAUGUUCCAUGGGUUUAAACUGCUCUGUUGUCUCUCUAACCGAACCACAAAAACAAAAAUUCCCCUUCUCUGACAUAUCAUGUUCUGUUUUUUUUGUAUUUUCUCUCCACUUUUCUUUGCAUUCGUAGCAGAUCCCCCUUCUGAUUCUUUCUUUCAGGAAACCUCGUGGUCGACCCAGGAAGAAUCCUGCCCCUCCUCUAGUGGUGGCUCAGACUGUGUCCAGUGCAGAGCCUUGUGCUUGGCGCUCAUGCUGCCUCCCCCAGGAGGACACAGUUGGCUGGGUGCAGUGUGACCGAUGUGACUCCUGGUACCAUGUCGUCUGCAUCGGCCGCAGCCUGACCUCUCUGCAAGAUACAGACUUCCACUGUGGUUGUACGUGACCCUGAUCAGACCUGUUACAAGAAGACACUUCAUUCUUCUUUCAUCUCUUAUAUCUUCUAACUUGGGGCUCUACAAACUUGACCCAUUGGCCUCCCACAUAUGGCUGAGGAUUAUGAGUAGGCCAAAGUUAAAUGCUCCAUCUUUUUCUCUCUUCCUUCUCUUUCUCUCUCCCAUAAUCCAUGAAUGUGUAACCUUUCAGCGGCAGUAGAAGAUAGAAACUCAUCUAAAUGCUAAGUGCACCUUCCUGGUCUAACAGUUUUGUGCACCAUUUAAUGCCUUAUUAGGCUUCAAAGUAUAGAGGUCAUGGACAAGCACUGUGGGCAUUGAUCAGCUUCUGCACACUAAUUACUUCAUUAUUUAAUCCGUUAAGCUAUUCUUGGAGUCCAGACCUCAUCACAACUACAAUAACGCCGUCAUUCUAUAUGUCUAGUACUGCCUUGGGCUGCUGGAUAAAUGUGGGGGGGAAACAAAUUAUGAAUAUUUUAUGGGUCAAGUUGGAGACAAGAUUUUUUUUAAUUUCAUACCAUCUAUUCUAUUAAAAGC